AGAAUGGCCUCCGACACCCUGGGAGCCCCUGACGUGUCGGGGAGGAGCCCUGUGCGGGGGUACGCGGAGUGGAGCUCAGGGCUGCGGAAGGGAGCAGAGCUGAGCGGCUGGGCGGGCCUGGCCAGGCCAGCAGAGCAGAGACUUCGGCCGAGCGGCGGCGAACAUGCGCUUUUGACACAUUGGCGGCUGGGAUUACAGAUGUGCUACACUACACUGGUGUGUGCAGUGCUGGGGAUUGAACCCAGGGCUUCGUGCAUGCUAUGCUAGGCUUUCUUGAUCAUGGAUGGUGAAGAUAUACCGGAUUUUUCAAGUUUAAAGGAAGAAACUGCUUAUUGGAAGGAACUUUCCUUGAAGUAUAAGCAAAGCUUCCAGGAAGCUCGGGAUGAGCUCGUUGAGUUCCAGGAAGGAAGCAGAGAGUUAGAAGCAGAGUUGGAGGCACAGUUAGUACAGGCUGAGCAAAGAAACAGAGACCUGCAGGCUGAUAACCAAAGACUGAAGUACGAAGUGGAGGCGUUAAAGGAGAAACUGGAGCAUCAGUAUGCACAGAGCUACAAGCAGGUCUCAGUGUUAGAGGACGACUUAAGUCAGACCCGGGCCAUUAAGGAGCAACUGCAUAAGUAUGUGAGAGAGCUGGAGCAGGCCAAUGAUGACCUGGAGCGAGCCAAGAGGGCAACAAUAGUUUCACUGGAAGACUUUGAACAAAGGCUAAAUCAGGCCAUUGAACGAAAUGCAUUUUUAGAAAGUGAACUUGAUGAAAAGGAAUCUUUGUUGGUCUCAGUACAGAGAUUAAAGGAUGAAGCAAGAGAUUUAAGGCAAGAGCUAGCAGUUCGGGAAAGACAACAGGAAGUGACCCGCAAGUCUGCUCCCAGCUCUCCAACUCUGGACUGUGAGAAGAUGGAUUCUGCUGUCCAGGCUUCGCUCUCCUUGCCUGCAACGCCUGUUGGGAAAGGCACAGAAAACAGUUUUCCUUCACCAAAAGCUAUACCAAAUGGCUUUGGAACCAGUCCACUAACUCCUUCUGCUAGGAUAUCAGCACUAAACAUCGUGGGAGAUCUCUUGCGGAAAGUAGGGGCUUUAGAAUCCAAGUUAGCAGCUUGCAGGAACUUUGCAAAAGACCAAGCAUCCCGCAAAUCCUAUGUUCCAGGGAGCGUUAACUGUGGGGUAAUGAACAGCAAUGGCCCAGAAUGCCCAAGGUCAGGGCGAGCAACUUUCUUCCAUAAAGGGGCAGUAAACGGCUUUGAUCCAGCUCCUCCUCCUGGGCUGGGCUCCUCACGCCCAUCGUCAGCACCCGGUAUGCUGCCUCUCAGUGUGUGAGUGCCCGGCCUCCAGGGGGGGCCCUGCCCUCUUCCAGCAGCCCAGGACACCUACGCCUCGUCCCUCGGUGCCUGGAUCCAGCCCUGUGCCCCUCUGUCCGCCUCUUCACCACUGGCAAAGGGCAGGCUGCAUGCAGUGGCGGCUGCUGGGCCCUGCCCAGCCCAGGACUCUGCGCGA